ACAACUACCUAGGUACCAUUCGACAUCCCUGACCUCCACCUCACCCUUCCUAAUCAACCCUCCCUAUUUCCUACGAAGAGCAGCAGAUCAACAUGGACUCCCCAACUACAUCCCUCGAUCAAAACAUUGAUCUCUCGAAGCUCUCACCCAAAGACAAGCAAGAACUUCAACAAUUCAUUGUGAACGAGAGCCAGAAGUCUAGAAUACAACAGUCGGUGCAUUCCUUGACCGAUAUCUGCUGGAAGAAAUGCGUGACCGGGACGAUUAAGAGCGGCAAGUUGGAGAAGGGAGAGGAGAGCUGUACGCAAAACUGCGUGGACCGGUUUCUGGAUGCGAACUUCACGGUUAUCAAGCACUUGGAGACUAUGAGGAGGCAAGGAUAA